AUAAAAUAGACAUGAAAUUAACUUCAAUAAAAGACGCUUCGUAAUAACUUUUAGAAUUUACAACUGAGGAAAAAGCAGAUACUUUGAUAAAAGAAUGGCUUAAUAAUUUUCUUGUAAGUAAAAAUAAUGAUACACGUUAACUUUGCCUUUAUUUUGUUUUACAUGAAUUAUUACAUAGAAGUUUAUCAAGAUUUUUUGUUGAAAAGGUUUAUGAUUCUAUAGCUUAUUCUUUAGAGUAAAUUUCCGAUAAUGAUAAUUUAUAAAAUGAGCUUCUAAAGUUAUUUAAAUUGUGGAUUUAACACGAUAUUUAUUAAGAUUAAUUUAUUAUAAGAUUAAUUUUUAAACUUAAAGUUGAUGAAGAAAAAAAAAUUAAGUUUUGUAAGAUUUACUAGCUGAAAAUUUACCUAAUCAUCCUUAAGAAUUAAUAAUAUUUUCGUAAAAUAUGAAAGAAUUAACAAAAUAUGUUGAAAAAGUAAAUGAAAAUAAAUAAAAUAUUGAAAAUAAUAUUGAUGCUGAAAAUAAUCUUAAAUAAUUGAAAAGAAAUAGUGAAUUAGAAAAUAAAUAUAGAUAAUUUGUACUAAAAAAUUAUAGAGAUAUUUUAAAUUAAAUUGAUAAAUAACAUAUGAAAAGUGUAAUAGAAUUAAAACUAUUCUUAUAAAAAAUAUAAAAAAUUGAAAAUUUAAAGAGU